GGAGAGCCCAGCUCAAUACAGAGAGAGAAGGGAAGCGGCUCCCUGCCCUCCGACACCUCGGCAUCCAGCUUGGUGGCAUCUCGGCUGGGUGGCUAUUGGGGAGGGGGCGGGGUGAGCCUUGAAGAUGAACCGCAGCUUUAGUAAGUCCCAGACGUUGCGGUAUGUGGCGAGUAGCUCCGUGGAGGUAAAAAGCAAGUAUGGGGCGGAGUUUAGAAGGUUUUGUCUUAACCGCUACAAACCAGGAACAUUUGAUGAGUUCUACAACCUUAUUCUUCACAUUCAUCACAUCUCCAGCAUGGACGUCAUGCUUGGAUAUGCAGAUGUCCAUGGAGACCUUCUCCCUAUUAACAAUGAUGACAAUUUCUUAAAAGCCGUUUCUAGUGCAAAUCCACUCCUCCGAGUAUUUAUUCAAAAGCAAGAAGAAGUAGACUACAGCACCUUUGGUUCAGCUACAUUAAACCGAAAGAAAAGAAAUGCUCUGGUGGCACUUCGCAAUGACAGCCUCAGGCAUAGGAAAUCUCACAUAAACAUCAGCAUGCCCCAUGACUUUAGACCAGUCUCCUCCAUCAUAGAUGUGGACAUACUUCCUGAGACACACAGACGAGUUCGGCUGUUCCGGCAUGGAUGUGAAAAGCCCCUGGGAUUCUAUAUUCGAGAUGGUACUAGUGUUAGGGUGACACCUCAUGGCCUGGAGAAGGUGCCAGGCAUAUUCAUUUCUAGAAUGGUUCCUGGGGGCUUAGCAGAAAGCACUGGUUUGCUUGCUGUAAAUGAUGAGGUUCUGGAAGUAAAUGGCAUCGAAGUAGCUGGAAAGACUCUUGACCAAGUAACUGAUAUGAUGAUAGCAAACAGCCACAACCUUAUUAUUACAGUUAAGCCUGCAAACCAAAGGAACAAUAUUAUCCGGAGUAGCCGGAUGUCUGGAAGCUCUGGCCAAUCCACAGACAGCACUGCAAGUCAUCACAGUUUACCUCCUGCUCACCUUCUCCAGAACUUCCAUCCCGACGAGAUGGAGAGUGACGACGAUGCCGACAUUGUUAUUGAGGGCAUCGAACCCCGCAACAUUCCAAAAUCUCACAGCCUUCCAUCAGGAAGCUUGUCGCGAAUCAAUGGCAGUAGCCUGAGCCACAAGCUAGAAAGAGACUUGGGCCUCAAUCAUUCUGGAAGGGAGAGCAAUGGAAGUAUUCACAAAAUAUUAAGUAGCUUAAAAGCUGAUCCCAGAAACAGCUUAGUAAUUCCAAAGGGAGGAAUUGAGGAGGACGGUACUGUUAUUACACUUUAAUUUGUGGAUGUAAAACUCCCAGACAUCAUGCUGUUGUGAAGUAAAACUCAUGGCAAAGCAACUGUUGGAUAAGGAUGCAUGGAGUUGUUUAUAGCAAAGAGAUGUGGAAAUUGACACCCAUACUUUAGGUACUGCCUGGUAUUGCAUUAUAACAUAGUCUACAAUUUGCAGAGAUUUGAAUAUGCAAGAAAUAUUGCUACACGGUCACAUACUGAAUCUUAAUAAACGGAAAUCGUGUGUUAAACAGAGUCAGCUGAAUGGUACACGCUUGGAAUAAAGCUAUGUAUGCUCAUGUAUUACUUCCAGGCCGUGGUUCUGAUUUUAGGCUAGCUAUUAUAAAUGUGGAUAUCGUUUGAUUUAAUGUACCUCUGGUAGGUUUUUCAUUUUACCAUACAAAAAGGAAUGAUGGAAGCACAGCCGUAGUGCAUUUUUCUACAACUCUGUAUUCAAAGUAUAUAGCUGGCCCAGUAAGAGUUCUCUAUUUUUGUGACUGUGGAGGCAGAUUGUCAGAAUUUUUCUUUGUUAAACAGCACCACUUGCUGGUCAACUGUGGUGAAAUACCUUCGGUUUUUCUGGUGAUGGACAAAGUUCUCGUGGCACCUCUAGGGAUUUUUUUUUUCUUCCUGUGAAUUUAACAGCCUAAAUGUUACAUGUUGUCUGCAUCCUAAAUGAUAUAUCCUUGUAAUGUCAAUGUGUCUGAAUACUUGCAAUGCUACCUAUUUGUGACUGUUACACUAUGGGAUUGCGGGAAUCAGUAACCGCACAGUUACAAGUGGAACUGAUAGAGCAGCCUGUGUGCCCAUAGUUCUACCUUACACAGAGGGCUGGCAGUCCGUCUGCAAUGUACUGUAAUGUACUGUAUUGGUUUCUGUCAGUAUUAUCCCGCACAUUAUUUCACUGCAAGAAACAUCUACAUUUUCAAUGAACUCUUGUCUGUUAGUGAAGAAUGUAUCCGAUUUUACCCCUUAGCUGCAUGUAGAAAUCAUGAAUGACAAAUUCCAUAGCAAAUAGUGCGGAAGAAUCAUGAAGAUUUAAAGUACCUGGACGGGAACCUCCACGUUAAAAGCAUUUUAACCCACUGAACUGUUUUGCAUUAUGGACCCAUGGGGAUAGUCUGAUAAAAAAAGGGUGUUGAACUUGGUCACUAAUAAGAGGCAGCAUAUACCACUACUUCUUGGAACAAAUAUUAAAAAAAAAAUGUUUUCUGUUUUCAUCGUCUGUGCCAUUGUUCCACUUGUGUAAUACAGGGAUGCCUCUCUUGUAGCCUUUCAGUGUAGCUGAACUACAGCUCUCGGAUCUGGAAAACUACGUCAUCUGUGAAUGCUGAGAGGUGCUGUGCAAUAAACAGCUAGAAAGCUAAAGGUUGCAUUCCUGAUUUAGUGUUUAUUAAAUAUUUUUUAUGGAUUUAAGUUUUUUUUUUUUGCAUUUUACUUUUAUGUACUGGGAUAAGGAACUUCAGUAGUUCCGAUGUUACUUAAACACAUUCCACUUUAUUUUUCUAAUUUAAACCCUGAAAUGACAGUGCUUUCCAUCUAUUUGAUUUUAUACAUUUGUACUUUUAAAAGAAACAGGCUUAAUAAAGUAAAAUCUAGCAA